AUGGACAUCUUUAGCAAUGGAAUAACGGUGGUUGGCUUAAUUAUUGAAUCACAGUGCAAAAGUGAUACUGAAGCUGCAAUACACACAACAUAUAAUAAACUUAUUGCAAGGAGGAUCAUUGCUAGAAGGGAAAUUAAGUGUGCAGUAGCUGAGUACAAUUUAGAUGGUAAAUGUUGCAAGAAAUGUGAACGUGGCUUUGUUAAAAAUAUUACUUGCCCAACGGACAUUAGAGAACACUGUGUUCAAUGUGAGGCUGGAGAGUACAUCGAUCAUACCAACGACUUGGACGAGUGCUGGAGAUGCAUUUUGUGUGAUGAAAAGUUUGGUUUGGAAAUUGCAAGGAAUUGUACCCCAGAACAGAACACAGAAUGCACUUGUGCAAAGAACUACUUUUGCAGUUCUUCUGAACCAUGUACGCACUGUGAACCAUGUAGCACGUGUGAAAGUGGCCUAGUUGAGAAACAAUGUACUUCAACUUCAGACACUGUAUGCAAAAGGAAAGUAGAAGCAGGAAGCCUAUCGUGGAUCGCUGGACUUGUUUUGGGAAUUGUACUGUUAGUGCUACCUGCAGGAAUAGUCUGGUAUAAGAGAAAAUCUAAGGAUCCUACUAGCGGGCAGUCCCCAGGUGAAGCAGUCCUCAAACCAGGAGCUGCUUCUGAGAUGGUACCUCUCAUAUUUGCAGAUAUUGACCUGAGCACCCACAUUCCUGGUAUUGUGGGGGAGAUGACACUCCAAGAUGUCAAGACAUUCGUUCGUGAUCGCCAAGUACCAGAACCUGUCAUAGAUCAAAUUCUUCGAGAUAAUUGUAAUGAUACAUCUGAACAGAAGAUUAAGCUGUUUCAAGUCUGGUAUCAAAGGCAUGGGAUGAAAGGAGCCUAUGGAACCCUAAUCAACAGCCUGAGAGCUCUUAAAAUGUGCACUGCAGCUGAUAAAAUUGAAGAAAAAUUGAAGGCAGCUGUUCCCAGCAGUCAGGAAAGUGGACAAUCUUACAAUGAUGAUAAUGAGCAAAGCACAACCUGCACUCAGGAAGGUGGAAACUCUUAUCUUGGUAAUGCUGAGCUAAGUAAAACCUAUUCUAACAGCUUGGAAGAGACAUAGCAAAACAUCGUUUGAAAAUUAAUACAAAAAUACAAAAUUAAUUAGAAAUAAUAUAAACAGUGAAGUUUUUAAUUGUCAUUUUCUUUGGCAGCUCAGUAAGAUGCAAGGAGGUUAUAAUGCAAACAAGGAGUGGUUGUGAUUUUUUUUUUUUUUUGGUUAAAGGAAAGAUGCCUCUCCAAAAGUCAUAAUCAUUUAAUUUGGUUGUUAAGAACUGGGAGGAGAAGUUUUAGGGCUCAUUUACUAAAAAUUACAAUAUAAGAGUUCAGCCUCUGGACUCAGUAUCAAAAGAAGGAAGUCAAUCAAUAUUUGAAGAAAAGGUUUAGUUGAAAGGUAUGGUCCUGCAUACUGUAUCACUGUAAUGUUUUACUUACAUUAAAAUUGCAGGACGUAGUUUUUCCCUCUUGUUGAAUUUUUCAAAGAGAAAGCUUUUGUUUUAAGAGUCUGUGAAACAUACUAGGAAAAAAGCUAGAACAUAUACUAUGCCCCUCAUGAUUUCUGAAUAUAAGUAUUAACCUAUAAUUCUAAUCUUCUGUAAGUAGGACUUCUCACUUGUAUAGAAGUAUUUUUGUGUGUAUGUAUAUAAUGUCUGUGUGUGCACGUGUGUAUACACAGCUGUGUGUAUACACAGCUGUGUGUAUACAUGUAUAUGUGUAUGUAUAUAUGUACAAAUUUUUCUGUGCAGAAGCCCCCAGGGUUAAGUAGGUAAUAAGAGGUAUUAUUUCCUUUGUUUUCUGCAAUGAUUGCAAGGCUUUUCUGAUGUUAAAACUCUUCAGAAAAGCAGGAGCUUGAGUGCCGCAGAACUGUGGUUUUGGGAGGUCAAACUGCACACAAGCUGUGGAGUCCGCAAACCUAAGUGUGCAACACUAGCUUUCCUAGUGCAAGAACUGAUAAUAAGGAAAAUGCAAUAAUAAAAAAAUCAACAUAG